AUGCGGGAAAAACGAGAAGACGAUUGUGACCGGACGAAGGACGAUCGAGAAGAUCGGCGGAAGCGAGAAAAAAAGAAAAGUAUUGCAAGAGUCGACAGAGAUGUUCCGAAAGAUGAAAAAGAUGCAAUCGUGAAAGAAUUCAAAGAUGAAUGUCCGAAUGAGAAGCCGGACAAGGCGAAAUGCGGCGAGUUUGCGAAAAACGAGAAGCUGAAUCGGAGUGCCGAUCUUCCGAUUCUCGACGAGAAUCGGAUAAAGCUUCAAGAUGCUGGAUACAUCAAUGCGAAUGUUAUCAAAAUUGCUGAUUUCAAUUUCACGUUGAUCAUUGCCCAACUCCCUGAUCCGGCCAUCGAUGGAGCAAUCGAGACGUUCUGGAGGAUGAUAUUCCAGAACUCGGUGACCCAAUUGAGCAUUGGCUAUGUGGCGACAGAAACAUCGCUGGCACCGGCUCAACUAUUCCCAAUUGCCAGUGGCGCGUUUUUGUAUUUCGGAAAAAUGUUUGUGAACAACAAAAAAGUGGAAACGAUUGGAAAAGAAACGCUGACUUACACGCUGGAAGUCUUGCCAGAUGGAUGUUCGAAUUCGAUAAUGGUCACUGUCUACCAUCAUGUCAACUGGAAAAAGGGCAAAGGUCCCGCGGUUAUUGGCGACAUUCCGCUUGUCGCUGAGAAAAUGCUGAAGGCCAACGACAGCAUCGCGUUUUGCAGUUUGAAUGGUCCGGGUCGUGGUGGGACCAUGGCAGCGAUAUUCGCUUCGAUGUUUGCUAUCAACAAGAACAAUGAAAUUAAGGUGAAAGAAGUCGUCGCGAAGCUUCGCCAACAGCGGUAUGGCAUUGUCGAGACUCAAGAGCAGUACAUUUCGAUUUACGCGGUCCUCGCACAGUGGUUCAAAUCGAACUCGCGCGACACGGAUUUCACAAAGAAGCUUGACGAGCUCGCGAUUCUCAAGAGCUAA